CAGCACGUCUCUCUCCUCCUACGUAUGGAGCUGAACAGCUUAGCGCCGAUCGCGGCCGUCCCAGGCUGCUCAUUGGACAGCUGUGAGCCAUAGAGAUGACCGGGUGGAUCGCCACGCCAACAGCAUUGCUCUGGGAUAGGGUAAUUAGCGGCCCUGUCUAAUACCAUCACGAGCUGGAGUGGUUGCCAUGGAGACCAGCAAGCAGGGCUUUGUAAGCAUUCCAGCCCCUGGCGGCUCAGUCACAGCGCAGGGGGAGGACAGGAUGCAUGAAACGCAGGCCCCUCUGACAGCCAUGUAUCUUCAAACGCUGGGCAGGCUGCCACUGUACCCGCAGAUGGCACAUCCGGGACCACCUACCAGCCAGGAUGCCGUGGCCCUUCCCCUGUCCAUCUCUCCGCUCCCCACAAAGCAGGCCCUGCCCCUCCUGACCUUCCACAUCACCAGCGGGAUGCAUCUCCCGCAGCAAGGUCAGAGGUCAGGGGUGGCCGCCACACCCACCAGGCCCAAAUCCGCUGGGAAACACAUGUGCCCACACUGCGGUCGGGACUGCCUGAAGCCCAGCGUCCUGGAGAAGCACCUGCGCUGCCAUACGGGGGAGCGCCCUUACCCCUGCACCAUCUGCGGGAUCGCCUUCAAGACCCAGAGCAACCUGUAUAAGCACAAGCGCACGCAGGCCCAUGCCCGCCUCUCUAGCGAAUCAGAGAAGGGCAGCUUCAGCAGCCAGGAGAGCAUCCCUGGCUCCGGGGACACUUGCUCUAGCAGCCCCUCCCUGGGAGCACAGAGUGAAGACUUGGAAAGCUUUGAGAGGGAGGUUUGUGCACCUCCAGUGACUCCUUGCAUCACCUCCAGUUCCACUCAACCCCCUGCUGCCCUGGGAAAGAUUGGGUCAGACACAGGUUGGGCUUUACAUCAGGCUGCUCUGGUGGGACUCAUUCUUGCUCCUGUGAAUGGAAACCAGGAGAAACUGAGCUCCAUUGUCCAAAAGGGAGAGCCGUUACUGGGUGUAGGGACCGCCCCAGCAGCAAAGCCACCAAAGGCUGAGGGGGAGCAGAAGCCACCUUCGGCUCCCCUGACACCAAAUCGUCACCUCUUUCUACAGAGGCAGGAGGCCACCUUCUUCUCCAAACAGUGGGAGUCCAGCACAUCCAGGGGGAAGUCCCAGUCCCACGACAGCACAGACUCCGGCUUCUCAGAGUGCAAUGAGCAGAACUGGAACUCCAGCCCAAGCAGUACUCUGCAUGACCACAGCAUGGAGUCCCUCACAGAGUCCAGUAUGGAACAUCAGGAGGACGUUGGGGUCCUGGAGAACCCCAGAGAACCUGUUGCUGCUGCCGGGGCCAAAAGCAGAGUGUCAAUGCUGGAGAAGAGGAAGCUGGAGGAGCGCAUCUCCAAGCUUAUAUCUGAAAAUGAAACCCUGGUGGAUGACAAGCGCCUGGAGAAUGUGAGGCCACGGAAGACAGUGCUGUCAAAGCAGGGCAGCAUCGACCUCCCCAUGCCGUACACCUACAAAGACUCCUUCCAUUUUGAAAUGAGGACCAGUAAGCAGAUGAGCAUGGCCUCCAGCCAGCAGAGCCCAGACUGGAGAGUGAAGCAGGCCUUGUACAACUCUGUGCCCACCCAACAAUCUACCAGUCUUGAUCACACACCUCUAACACGAAGCAGCUCCUUGCCAUUCAGUUUAGGUAGCCCAGGACUGGAGAGAAGCAGCCAACAUCGACACUAUCAAAGAGAAGCUGUACCGGUGGGCCGAAGGGACAGCUCUGGACAACUUUACUCUGGUGAAUUUGUCAUGAAAUCUGUGGACCAGCAGUCCUCACAUCACCGGUCUCUUGUCCGGCAAUCUGCAGUUGACUGUCUGCCUGCAGGUGAAGGCCUCAAUGUGACCUCAUCUGUGGAAGAGAGCUAUCCCAGCAGCCUCGGCUCAGACGGGGACUCUAUUGAUGCCAUUUGUGAAUCUGGUGGCGGGAAAUGUCGCAGGAAAAAAGCUCAGAAGUUCUCCUACAACAAGUGGCACAUGUAUGGAGGUGGAACCUUCACAAAGCUGUAUAACACGGAGAAAGGUUCAGAUCAUGGGUCGUUGAGAGCAAAGAAAGCUGUGGUCAGCACGGAGCAAGGCAAAGUGCACGAGAUUCAGAGCAGGAACACUGCCUCACUCCCAGAACCUGUCACUUCUGCAGUGUCUACUGCAGAGUUUGCUUCUGCUGGCACCAGUAUUCAAACCACACACCGUACACAAUGCCUUCCACAUAGCCGGCCCUCUACGUGUGGAUCUCAACCAGCACAUGGCCACAUCAGCCAACUUUCCUCAGAACCAAAUCUCCGGAGACCAUCGUUGUCAAAUCCGUCCAGCACAAUGCACCAUUGUGUGGUCAGGCAAGGGAGCCUUCCAGCCCCAGACAGCACAAAUGGCAGCAGGGCGAGCCUUGUGAAAAGCAUCAUCCAGAAAGAACAGAAUACGGAACACAACACCACACCACAGUGCCUCAGUCAUCUUCCAUCAGAAAGGAAGAAACAGAGAACAGAAGAUGACACGGGCAUGCUAGUGGACAUCAUGGACUUGGGGGAGAAGAGACACAAUGUUCUGGCCAGCAUGAUCAGUAAGGCAGACGAUAACAGCCUUGUCAGACCGAGUCAACCCUCUCUCGCUUUCUGCAGCAGUGACACCCCUAAAUACACCCACCCGACAAAGAGGGGUGAUAGCAACAAGCUACAGUUGCAACACCAGAGUAGCAGAAUGGACCUAAACCUAUGUUUCAUCAGCCGCCAAAUGAAUCAGAGACCAUUUCAGGCUAAGGAACAUGACUCACUUCCAUCCUUAGUGAAUGUGGGCAGGUUAUGUGUCCCUGCUACACCCAGCGUGUCUGCAUUAACCAAGUCAAGCUUCCUACCCAAGUACCAGCUCAAGCUUCCCCAUUCUGCAGUUUCGGAACAGAGCCUUCCUGCUACACCAGCAUUGGAACAGAGGCUCAGGACUAUACCAGCAUCUGAACAAGGCCUGACUGUUAUACCAACAUUGGAACAGGACAUCACUGCUAUUCCAGUAUUGGAAAAGAGCCUUACUUCAAUACCAGCCAUAGACUCAGAACAGAGCCUCCCUUCUAUACCCACUCCCACUUCAGAACAGAGCCUCCCUCCUAUACCCACUAUCACUUCAGAACAGAGACUCCCUCCUAUACCCACUCCCACUUCAGAACAGAACCUCCCUUCUAUACCCACUCCCACAUCAGAACAGAGCCUCCCUCCUAUACCUACUCCCACUUCAGAACAGAGCUUCUCUCCUAUACCCACUCCCACUUCAGAACAGAACCUCCCUCCUAUACCCACUCCCACUUCAGAACAAAGCCUUGCUCCUAUACCCACUCCCACUUCAGAACAAAGCCUCCCUCCUAUACCAACUCCCACUUCAGAACAAAGCCUCCCUCCUAUACCCGCUCCCACUUCAGAACAGAACCUCCCUCCUAUACCCACUCCCACUUCAGAACAAAGCCUCGCUCCUAUACCCACUCCCACUUCAGAACAAAGCCUCCCUCCUAUACGCACUCCCACUUCAGCACAGAGCCUCCCUCCUAUACCCACUCCCACUUCAGAACAGAACCUCCUUCUCAUACCCACUCCCACUUCAGAACAGAACCUCUUUCUCAUACCCACUCCCACUUCAGAACAGAGCAUUGCUCCUAUACCCACUCCCACUUCAGAACAAAGCCUCCCUCCUAUACCCACUUCCACGUCAGAACAGAGUCACACGUCUGCACCCACUAUCGCCCCCAAAACUAGUAACACUUCUAAACCGAAACCAGCCAUUAAACAGAACCACUCUCCUACAUCCAAACCACCAUCGACUCACACACCCACUGCCUUAUCCACACCCUCUGAGGCUUGUGCUGCUUCACACACCACAGCCUCUGGACUGAGUCCCACUUCUCCAUCCACUUCAGGACACAUUCACACUGCUCGACCCACACUUACAUCUGAACAGAGCCACAAUGUUACACCCACCCCAAUCCCAGAGAUGAGCCACACAGCUGCAUCAACCUUGGGACAGAUGCACACCAGCUCACCCCAACACAGUGCUACAUGCACCGCAACCCCAAAACUAAGCAAUACUGCUACGCCCAACUCAGUCUGCGCAAAUUGCAACACUCAUUUUCCCAUGGUGGAAUCGCUGUCUGCGGGACAGGUCAUAGUGUUGAAGGGAGUAUCACAAGCUGCUUCCGAAGAGACAGACUAUGUGAAGACAGGAGACAUACAAAUAUUCCUGCAGAUCAUUUCUGAUGACCAGCUGUCACUCACGGAAGCUCAACUAAGUACUCAGGACUCCCAGCUGGAGGCAAGUGUCUGUCAGGAUAUCUCCAGGGCAGCCGUGGAAAAUAAUGGAGCAGAAAUACAGCAGCAAAGCGUCUCACAGCAACUGAACAUUUCUCAGUAUGCACAGCUGCUUGCUGACAAUGCAGAAGGACGCAGUGCUACAGACGUGGCACACACCAGUUUGACACACCAGGCAUCCAGCGCACAGUUAGCAGGACCCUCCAUCCCUUCAUACUGUGAGAUUUUCUCCCACACAGAACAACACCAGGAGUACCAGAGCUGUGAAAGUUCUCCACAAAAGAAUUUCCCUCUUUUAAAAUCCAUUCCUACACCCUCCCAAGAUUUCACAAAUCAAUCAGCUCAUACAGGCAUUAGCGAGGGUGAUCAAACCUCAGUGGUCUCUGGUCAUGAAGCAGGUGGCUCAGAACUCAGGAAAACCGAGGGUCAGUUUGCUUGUUUACGCACAGUGCCACAUACACACAAUCAGUGUAGGCCUGCGGACUAUGGCCUCCCUCCAUUGAAAAGGAAUUCUGAACGUCCAAAUCAGGAACCGAGCAAGACGGUGUCAGUUAACACAAUGGGGGUGUGUUGUCAAGGCAGCCUGCCACAACAAAGAAUCACAGCUAAUACAGCAGAUUGCCCUGUGCUAUUAUACAGCCAGGCCCCACCAUCUUCCAUGGCCUCUUCCACUGCUACCGUAGACAGGAGUCCUUACCCUAGGCCAUACAUUCCAGACUUGCGCUCAGUUCUGGCAGAUACACACACAAAAACUGAAAAACGGACUUUGACAGAUACUAAAGAGAGGGGUUAUUUGACUUUUCCUUGUACAACUGGGACUGGGCAGCAACACCAGAAGCUACUCAUGGAGAUGCCCCUGGCUGUGCAGAAGAAUGCAGUCAAUGCAGCAGCCGUACCCCCACUUCAUAUGGACUGCAGAGAUCCCUUAACCGCACAAGGCCCAAAGAACAAAAUGCUUUCAGCUCACAAACAUCACAAACUAUCUCCUCCUCCCAAGCAUGUGUGGGAUGUUGCUAGGUGCCCAGAUGGAAUUUUCUCUUCAGAUCCCAAGCACUGCCAGAAUGCUAGUCCUUCCUCUGCCCCCAGCAGAAUGGAGAGGCCCACUUCUGUUGAGCCUGUGGGCGUAGGAGACACUUCAUCCACCUCACACCUCUCACCCGCCUCCAACCGCCUCUUUAUCCAUCCACGCUCUGAAACUGCACAUCCCACUGCAUUCUCCCAGCACAGUGUUCAGACCUCAACUUGUGAAGGACCAAGCCUGUUUCAGGGCUCUAUAACACAGUCACCAGCAGUGAGGCAAUGUGAAACAGACGCACCCAAAGAAACCCAACAGGGGGUCCUGGGAUGUGGCAGCCUUCUCACUGACCUGAGCCAGCAGGGUACACAUACAGCUGUGUCACCACUUACACCCAACCCUGGGUUACUGGAUUCCAUCCAAAUGUGUCUGCCAAGUGUGACUCAAGAGCUCCCCCAGCAGGCCACUUCUGAGAAUGCAAUACCAGGCUCUGUUCCUCCUGAACCCACAGCACAACAGCAGGUCCAAAAUGAGAGGCAUGUUCUAGAGGCCUUGGCACACAAUAGCUCUACAGAACCAUGUUUACAGGCUUCCCAUCCAACUCCAAGGGCCAGCCAACAGGAACCAUUUUCAGCAUCACUCCCAGGCCAACACAAACUGUGCCUGGCUGCCGGCAUCUCUCUGUCUCCCUCUGCAGCAGCAGACAUGAGCUCAGGAAAAGUACUAGUACAUGUCUCAGUCCAACACACACCUUUAAAUCAAAGAGUCCCAUGCAGCACGGGUAAGCAGAGUGAAACCAAAUGUGGAUUUUUUGCAAAUGAAGCUGUUGCAAAUUCAAGAGAAACAUCGGGAGGGUUCUGUAUGGUGGCACCAGGAAGUUGCGUGGCACAGGCUGGCGUGAGCACUGUCAGACAGAGCACAGAGGCAUCCUCCCCAUCUUUCCUCUGCCCUAGCCAGGACAGGAAAGUCCUUCUUUCCCAAGACCGGGAGGCAGGCACUGGCACUUCAACAGAGAAAUCACAGCUCCCUAUGAAGUCAUCGAACACCCAGUGUGGACUCUUAACCGGACCCUCGGGAAAGGUUCUGUCUGGGGGCGGCAUUAGCUCCCUAACAAGCAGCCAGAUGCAGGUCAGCAGUAAUGAACCUCAGGACCGAAUUGCCUCUCAUCAGAACCUGGAACAGAAUGCCCCAAAGGACAACAUGGCCACAGGUCAAGAGGACAUGGUCUUAGACAACUGUGUCUCAUCUCCUCGCUGUGCUUCAGAGGGAAGGCAGAGCGAUGGUGCCCUGAUCUGUGCCUCUGCUGACACACAGAAGGGGAGCCAAGCCAUAGAUGCAGGACACCUGUCAGCCAGCGGCACAGCAGCCCAGCAGGAGCAGGAGGCGCAGGCCAGCAGUCAGAGCCUGGAGGAGCAGGCGGACAGAGAGCCGGAGGAGCAGGGCUCCAGACAGCGAGAAACGACAGAGAGAGGAGGGGUGGAGGAAACAGACAGUGGGGAGAUGGAGAAGAGAGGUUUGAUCGACCCCUGCACCUCUCCUACAUCGGAGCCACACAAAGGGGCCACCUCAGAGGAGGAUGUGAGGGACAUACUUGCUGAUAACGGAUCUCUCUCGUACAGAGACUCCUCUGUGUUCCCAUACUUUCCACAGACUCCUACCCAGAGAGAGACCACUGCUGCACACACCUUUCAGCUUCACACACACGCAGAGACUAGCAUUUUGCACAUUCUCCAGACUCCCACCGAAAGUGAGACCCCCACUCAAAGUGAGACCAGUGCUUUGCAAACGCCGCAGACCCUUACCCAAAGUGAGGCUCCUGCUGUACACACCUUCCUUGCCCACCGGGAUAGCAGGUGUCAUGGAGCUGGUCAAGGCCCGCUGAGGCAUUAUUCAGAUGUGAAGUCUCGCUCCACGGAAUGGGGGGUGCAUGGAGGUCCGUGUCCCGCACUAUCAGCUGCCCAGCCGAGCCACACCCCAGAGUCAUGCCCUCUCCCUAUGAAUGCAGGCCACACGGGGUGCGGGAUGGUAGCUCAGGCUGCUAGCCGCGGCAUGGCGGCUAACCAGCCGCUGCAGAGGACCUUUCUGUCUGUGGAGAGCAGGGUCCAGCAUGAAGGCCUCAGAGAGACAGCACAGGCAAGUGCGAGGAGAGCUGCAGAGCGAUCAGAGCAGCCUGCACCAGAUGCAGCGUGUGCCCAGCCUUUCUUCUCACACAGCAGUGCAGCACACUGCUCUCUGUCGCUGAGCGUGAGAGCCAGCGAGGCGUCCGUCAGAGCGGCCCACAGCAGCCUGGAGGAGGCUGACACCAGCAGCAGCGAUGACGAAGGGAGACUGGUCAUUGAGCUGGAGUAGGAGAUACACACACACACACACACACACACACACACACACUCUCUCUCUCUCACGCUCUCACACACACACACACACACACACACACGCACGUACACAGUGUGGAAUGCAGGUACACAAGCACAGACACAGACGCAGAAACACAGAAACACUCACUCACACACACAUAAUUUCACAUUUCUCUAUCACGCACACAUAUGUACCUAGUCUCUCUCUCAUGCAGCCUCUGGCUGUCUGAGUCAAGCUCCUCAGCUGCAGUGUGGUCAAUGCACCUGGAGCCACAUGUCUCACAAGGAAACUUCUCACUGCCCGACUGGUGAGUCAGCCAGAGUGGCCAACAGGAAAGUGAAACACAGGAAGCCAUUGCGUGCCUGAACAUUCCUGCAUCAUUAAGCAUUGACUCAAUCAUUACUUCUCUGCCAAAAGACACCUUUACCUUAGGGGACCAAAAAACAUGUUUUAUAAGACUGUUUUUUUAUGUUCAGCCUGGUGUCUUUGGUGCUAUGAGAACCUAUAACUCUUCACCUUAAAUUGUAUAAAAAGAUACUGUUACUAAUGAAUGUAUUGCUGUUCAUGGCCUUUAUAUUGACAAAUCUAUGGAAACUUUUUCUUAUCUUACCAAUUUAUAGAUGUUAUUGACCUAUUGGUAUGCACAGUUAAGAUAAUAAAACAUUUUCCUUUUGUUGUUGAUGAAA